AAGAAAGAUGUCGGAAAGCGACUGGGACACGGUGACCGUAUUGCGUAAAAAGGCACCGAAAGCGGCCACAUUAAAGACUGAAUCUGCCAUCAAUAAGGCACGUCGUCAAGGAAUACCGGUUGAAACGACACAGAAGUUUAACGCUGGAACCAACAAACAGCAUGUUGCGGCUAAAAAUACAGCCAAACUGGAUCGCGAAACGGACGAACUGCGUCACAAGACGGUUGCACCGUCCGUGGCCAAGCUCAUCAUGCAAGGCCGACAAGCAAAAGGACUGAGCCAGAAGGAUCUCGCUACGCAAAUUUGUGAAAAGCCACAAAUCGUUAACGAUUACGAGGCGGGCCGUGGCAUUCCAAACAAUUUGAUACUCGGCAAAAUCGAGCGUGUCAUUGGUAUAAAGCUGCGUGGCAAAGAUAUCGGCACACCUAUGGUGCCUCCCGGUAAGAAGUGA